CCAUGAAACGUUUCCGAGCCUUGCACGGCCCUCCUCUUCGUUCAAGCUACCGCUAGAUUUUUUUUCUGCAACUUUUUAUAUCUCCCUCUUUAGAUGCGCUUUCGACGGUGAGCCCUCCGUUUUCCUGUGACGAGUACUGUGAAGCGAGCGAGGAACAAUGCGAGCAAGGAAGAGAGAAGAAGAAGAAGAAGAAGCGCCUCUCCCCUUUCUCUCCCGAUUUCCCUUCCAGAAUUCUCCGUCGCCGGAAAAUUCAACGGCAGAAAGAUGAGCGUGAUCGACAUUCUCUUCCGUCUCGAUGAAGUUUGCAAGAAGUAUGAGAAGUACGAUGUCGAGAAGCAGCGUGCCAACAGUGCAUCCUCGGAAGAUGCCUUCGCUCGCCUCUACUCCACCUUCGAGUCCCAAAUUGACCUCGCGCUUAAAAAAGCGGAGGCUGCGGAGAGGGAGACAAACAGGGCUGCGGCUGUGGCCAUGAAGGCGGAGGUACGGCGAUUGAAGGCUCGUUUGUUGGAGGAAGUCCCAAAGUUGCAGAAACUAGCCCAUAAGAAGGUUAAAGGUGUCUCACAAGAAGACCGUGCAAUACGUGAGGACUUGGUACUUGUACUGCCUGAGAGGAUCAAAGAAAUACCUGAUGGCACUACAAGUGAAGCCAAGUCUGGAGGUUGGGGGGGCUCAUCAUCUCUUAAAAACAUCAAAUUAGACUCCGAUGGGAAAAUGGAUGAUGAUUUCUUCCAGCAGAGUGAAGAAUCUAGUCAGUUCCGGAAUGAGUACGAGAUGCGGAAAAUGAAACAGGAUCAAGGAUUGGAUUUUAUUUCAGAAGGUCUAGACACACUGAAAAAUUUGGCUCAAGAUAUGAAUGAGGAAUUGGAUAGACAAGUUCCCCUGGUUGAUGAAAUUGAAACAAAGGUCGACAAGGCAACAUCUGAGCUAAAGAACACCAAUCUUAGACUCAAGGAGACUAUUAAUAAUCUUCGGUCCACCCAAAACUUCUUUAUUGAUAUCAUUCUUAUCUGUAUCAUUUUGGGGAUUGCAGCCUAUUUAUACAAUAUACUUCAAUGAUUACCUUGGAGCUUCAUUUAUCAUGGCCUGGCAGUGUCCACUGUAAUUCAGCAAUUGCUGCUUCCUGCUGGAAUGCCCUCGGGAAAGUGAACUCAAUGUUUGAGGAUGUACAACUGGCAACUUUGAGAAUAUCAAUUUGCACUAACCUACUUCAUUCUAGAUUCAACUGUUGUGUUGUAUUCAGAUUACUGCGAAAUUGUUUACGACUGCCAAUAUAUAGCACUGUUCACACACCAAUUUUAUUUAUCCAAUUUUGCCAACAUGAGCUAGGCGGCGUCUAUUUUUA